UCGGAGCCAUGGGGAGCCAGGGGCCUGGCGGGCCGCCCCGCGGCGGGGCUCCCUACACGGUUCUGCUGCUGCCACUGGGGACAAGCCGCCGGCACCCAGGGGCCCGGAGCUUCUUCCUCUGGCUGCAGAGGAUGCAGGCUCUGGAGAGGGAGCAGGACGCCCUGUGGCAGGGGCUGGAGCUGCUGGAGCGCGGCCAGGCCUGCUUUGAGGGCCGUCUGAGGGAGGCACUGCAACAACAGCAGCACCUAGGGGCUCUUGGUGAGAAUUUUCUAACAGAUUUACACUCAGAGCCUCAUGGCCCCCAGUUAGCCCAGAUUCAAAAGGUGAACGUGUGUUUGCAGAAUCUGAUUCAGAAGUUCUCCCCACAUCCCUUAAAUAAGGCUAGUUCCUGUCCUGCCCAGGACUGGAAGGGAAGGCCAAGGAAGCAGAACUUACAGCAGCAACAGGAGUUGUCAAGGCAGCAGAAGGGAGGCAUUCAGCCAAAAGGCGAGACCACUCAGCCGGGCUGCCCCAAGAUGCAGAGGGGCCCAACCCGUCUGUAAAGCCUCCUCUGGGUUUCCUCAUUUGGUGAGGGGGGAGGCUGACUCAGAACCCCCAGUCUCCUCAUUCUGCCUCUUGACUUAACAGAUAAAUGGCUCCAGGUGGUGGGUCAACUGAAGUCCAAACAUCUUGGUGUAAAGUUUCUUCUCUGCAACUGAAAACUUCCAUUUCAUCUUCUCGGUGUCUUAUGCCCUCACUCUCCCUUAUAUGAUAUGCAUAAAUGAUCUUUCUUUGAAAUCCCUCUCUAGAGAAGACAUGUUUAUUGAAACUGUCCUUCAACUUUAAAUACAAAAAUAAAAUAGGCGCUUCUUCAGAAUUUCAAAUAAGAACAAUUCUAUAAAUAAACCUCACUCCCAACCUUA